UAUUUAAUUUAAAUGUGUCUACUUCACUUCUUUAAAUUUAAAGUAUCCAUUUUUUUAAACAUUAAAUACAUUUCUUUUUUAUACAAUACAAAAAUUCGUUUAUUCCUAAUGCACACCCUUAUUGAAAAUCCGAUUUUAGCGGACAUUACGUAACAACAUCCUAAUAAUAUCUGUGCAAAAAUAAAAGAAAACUGAAGCUAAUUCUGAUUGCGUGAAUUUUUCUGGUUCUAUUUGCUUGUGGCUCCCAAUCUCUUAUACUUAUAAUUGCAACAUUCAUCGAGUAUCGAUGGAUCUAAUGAUUGAACUAUUAAAUUUCAAUUAAAUUUAAAUGUUAAAGUAAUUUAGGCAAAAAUAACUUUCAAAUACCGUUCCUUGUAAAGACGGCAGCGCACUUGAUAAUUUUCAUGAAAGAUUUACAGACGCAAAAACAAAAUUACAGAAAUUGCAGUGAUUCGAAAUCGUACGGAAAUCAUGGAGAUUUCAAUUUCUGUUACGAAUUUCUUGCGGCAUGCGACAACUGCUCAUCAGUAAAGCUCACGGAUGAUUAAAGCUCAUUCUACAAUAGCCGUAAACAUAAAGUCAUAAGGUUGUAACGUAAGAAAUAAAAAGUUAUUCAUUCACUUACAAUCAUGUUACACUAUUGCAGAAUGGGCUUUAAUCGUCUGUCUUUAAAGCGUCUUUUCUACAUCUUCUACGAAGUUGCAACGCAACUUUCCAUGAAUGGAAUCCGCUGAAUUAUCGUGAGGUGCAUUACGAAAUAACAUGAUGGUUCACCAUUUCCACAGUGGGAGGAAUAAGUGAGCUAGGUGGGGAUCGAAAAAAGUAGAAAGGACAUGUUAGACAAAAUUUAUCUUCCAUCGCGACGAGUGUCCAUCGCGACAAUCUCUUCGACAUCAGAUGAGAAGACUUCGUAAUCAAAGCUGAUCAAAGAUGCCAGUAAGUGUGCCAGUGAGCGUACGGAUUAUGUCAUUGGUUUUUUUGUUAGUGUUAUUAUUGAUCCUAUUAGUGGCGCGCGAACACAUGCAGAAAGUUGCGGAUGAUGUCGAACAUUUAAACAAUCUAUCAUUAAAGACGACGUUCACUUUAUUUCCUAACGGGUCUUACAAAGAGAGUACCUUCUACUACGGAUUAGAGAUCAUCAAAGAAGAUCAAUUAUGCGUCAAAAAAAUCUUGGGAGACGAAAAUAUGAUUUAUUAUAGUCUUCCAAGAGAAAUAUUCACCGUCAAGGACCAAGAACGUACGUUAAGCCUGAUCGGGAUCGGCAUUUUCUGUAUGAUAGUGGGACUAUUUCGGUCGUUUCCACGGUCUACCAAUACAUUCCAUGGAUAGAAAGAACCGCGUAGCCGGAAGAUUUUUAAGAUGUUACUUAAUUUAAAUAUGUCUAUUUGACUUCUUUAAAUUAAAUGUAUCCAUUUCUUUAAGUAUUAAAUUUAUUUC